AUGGAGAAGGAAAACCGAAAAGGGAAAACGCAGGACGUGGCGCCGCCGCCUGAAUUUCGCGUAGAUGGAAGCGUCGCAGAUGACAGUUCGCGUCGUGAUGCCUCGGUGUCACAGGGGGCGAGUGAGGAGCAGCAGGCACAACCGAGCGACGGUGAGCUCCUGCAUGAGGUGCUGGCGAUGAACACGCUUGCAAUGCAGCGAUGCAAUACGGAGGCAUUGGAGUAUGCCACCACUAUUCUUAGCGAUGCGUACAUGAAACUGCACAACCACGUGUCCAGCGGCGAUGAACGGCUAAUGGACACACUGCGCUCCACGACGCUUAACAACCUCGGUGUUGUCGAGUGUCACCGUGGUCAACACCGCCAGGCACUCAGUCACUUUGAGGCAGCGCGACAGUUGGAGGAGAAAUGGGGCUCGGCCUCACCAUCUGUUGCGCUCAACACCUGUGCUGCAUACAACGCACUGGGAAUGUACGAUAAGGCAACAGCCGCCGCGAUAGAGACCAUCGACAUGCUGCGCACCUUGACGAUCCAAGAGGAAAAAGGAAAAACGUCCACACCUCCGGUUGCUGAAGGCGGCAGCUACUCGCUGCAAGGGACCGGAAUUGAGGUCGCCAAGUCUGAAAACAAGGCGCUUUGGGGUGCCGCCUGGCACAAUCUGGCCGUUGCGCAAAUCAACACGGCGAAGUUAACUAAGCAUCCCACUGAGCACUGCAAUGCUGCAGUCCUCUUUCAAAAUGCGAUGCGUGCAACGCAGGAGCUUCUUGGCAAUGACCACCCCAUGACAAAAAGCGUAACCGAGACAUAUCGCGCUGUGCGGGACGUCCUACGCUCUUACGGUGUCUACAAACAACACCACACGAUGCUCACCGUGCCACCGCGACCGGUUGAUCCUCGUGAUGAGGAGGACGAUAUGGAGAGAUACCUGCAGCAGUGUGUCGGCAAAUCAAGACGUCGUGCGAAGGACAAGUUUCACCGUGACCUCACCAUCACGUUCUGCGGGGAGGCCACUAAUGGAGUGAAGUUGACGGAACGCCUGGACCCCACGCCAUACCCCGGUGCCGUAGAUGUAACUUUCCGUGACAAGAGUAGAAAAAAGAUGCCGCGUGUGUUGCGCGGUAUGACGCUGAGCGGAACUCUCCUGAGGGCUGGGCAGCUCUACGGCAACCCGCACCCACUCCUGUAUUCACUGCCGCCCAACUACGACCCGAUGGAUCCGUCAAAUCCGAAUGAUGGCUGCAACUUGGGAAGCAACCCUUACGUGGGGAUGACAUCCAAUUCUCGAGCACCCGCACCUUGGAAGGAGUCCCCUUCCAAACAGCGGAAGAAAAACACCACCGCGAGAUCUGCGUUGUCCACUCAAUUCCAUUCGGAUCUCAAUUUUCAGAGGAUACCGCCUUCAUUGGCUCACCAACAAUCCACGAACAAUUACCACGAAAUUCUUUCAGUACAACAGCAGCCCCCAUCCAGCUACAACCCGACACAGGAGGCUUACAGGCCGAUGCCAUCCAGUUCUAAGUCUAAACCUGACGUCUACAACCCGACGCAGGAGGCUUACAGGUCGAUGCCAUCCAGUUCCAAGUCUAAACCUGACAGCUACAACCAGACUCCAUCCAGCCAAAACCCGACACAGGAGGCUUACAGGCCGAUGCCAUCCAGUUCCAAGUCUAAACCUGACGUCUACAACCCGACACAGGAGGCUUACAGGUCGAUGCCAUCCAGUUCCAAGUCUAAACCUGACGUCUACAACCCGACACAGGAGGCUUACAGGCCGAUGCCAUCCAGUUCCAAGUCUAAACCUGACGUCUACAACCCGACACAGGAGGCUUACAGGUCGAUGCCAUCCAGUUCCAAGCCGAGGCCGGACAGCUACAACCAGGCUCCAGCAGCUUAUACGCCGACACCGAACAUUCAGCAACAAUCACCGUCAACCCACCAGCAGGCACCGUCUAGCUCUCAACCAAAGUCGGCGGGUGGAGGAAGCGGCAAAAAGGCUCGGCGAUCGACUCCAGGAAGGAUCACCCCACCCAGCAAGGCACGCCCAGAGUCCAGGGAGCUAGCCCGGGGCCAACAGGCAUCCCCAAAACUUCCGCCCCUGGGGAAAGCACCGGCGCGAAAUGGUCCUGCUUCAGGGUCUUCGGUAAGGGCCCGUGACGACGGUAACAGUCUAAACGCUCAAAUUCACGGUGCGUACAAGUUGGGUACGCCAACGGCAGAUCCUACGUACGAGCAAGUGAAAUACAUUUUGUUGGCCGAACCUCAGGAGAACCAGCGGCAGCAACGUGGGGGAGUGGGGAAAUACCUGGUUGAUGAUCCGACAGGACAAAUUUCUCUUUUGGGCGAUGCUGAACGGCAUAAAGCGGGCAGUGGGUGCUUCUCAGAAGCGGAUGGCAACAAGAACCACCCACUCUUUGAUGCAAUGUGGGUGGCAGCCCAGAGGCCCAUGGAUGCCAGCGAGACCCGGGCAGUUGGGCGGCCCAGCUACUACGUUUCCUCCGUCCUUGACAUCUCAAAGGAUUCGGUGCGCAUGCCAGAGGAGGCUUUGCAGAUGAUGUUGUCAAGUAUUUCUUCUUCCGAAGAUGAAACCGCACCCAUGCCAGUUCCCAGCAUCAUGUGA